AAUCAUCAUUAACAGAUCACUGAGAGAUAUGUCACUAUCAGAUCCUGUUAAUAUCAACAGAUCACCUCCUACAGCUCCUUUUCCUCCUACUCAAAACAGUACAUUUAGAGGUGAUAUUGCUCACAAAGCAAUGACUGAGUGUACUGGAAUGAUAAAGGACUAUGGGAUUGAUAACAUUCACUUCUUAGUUGAUAAGUUACUGGAGCAUAAAAUUAUAAGUGAAAGAAAGAAAAAAGAAAUAACUGAUGGAUACACCAGACAAACUGCUGGUGAAAGAAUGGAUGAACUACUACACAUCAUUUCAAGUUCCAUUAAAAUGGAUGGAGAAGUAUUUGGUAUAUUCAUAGAUAUACUGAGAGAGGAAGGGACUAGAGUAACUAAUGCACUAGCUGGUAAACUAAUGGAAAAAUACAAGGAAUGAACUAGCCUUUAUAUUAAUGAUUACAAAUUCAUUAAUGUUUUUAUUACUCUAUUGUGUUGCUAUCAUUUUAUUUAUUAUUGAAAGAGAAUUUGCAGCUCUUUGACCACUUAA